GCGAGUAUGCCUGCAUCCAAGACCACCAAACUGAACACAGGCGCAGAGAUGCCCACUCUUGGGCUGGGCACCUGGAGAUCGAAGCCCGGAGCCGUUGAGAAGGCUGUCGAGCACGCUCUUAAGAUAGGCUACCGGCACAUCGACACCGCAACAGGAUAUGCGAACGAGAAGGAGGUCGGCUUGGGCUUGAAGGCUUCCGGUGUACCGCGCGAACAGAUCUUCCUCACGACGAAGUUGAACAACACCGACCAUCGCGAUGUGCCCCGUGCGUUGGAGUAUUCGCUGACCCAGCUCGAUACGCCGUAUCUGGACCUGUGGCUGAUGCACUGGCCGGCGCCGAUGAAGGACGGCGGGCCGGAUAAGGAGCACGACUGGCGGGACACCUGGAGGGCGAUGGAGAAGGUGUACAAGGAGCACCCAGAGAAGGUGAAGGCGAUCGGCGUGUCCAACUUCUCGGUCAAGUAUCUCAGGGACCUGCUGAGUUUCGCGACCGUUGUGCCGGCAGUGAAUCAGAUCGAGAGCCAUCCGUCUUGCAUGCAGGAGGACAUCGUCGAGGAGUGCAGGAAGCACGGCAUCGUCAUCACCGCGUACUCGCCGUUGGGAUCCGACGGCGCACCACUCACCGAGGACCCUGUGGUGAAGAAGCUCGCGGAGAAGUACAAGGUCUCACCUUCCAACAUCCUCAUUUCUCUCCAAGCCAACAGGCCAGGGGUCAAUGUGAUCCCGAAGUCCGUCACCCCGAGCCGCAUCGAAGAAAACACCAAGAUAGUUGAUCUCACUGAGGAGGACAUCCAGGAGUUGGCCACGAUUGAGAAGAAGAACCACAUCCGGAUAUGCAAGCCGUUCUGGACUGGUUGGGGUGCCAUCGGUUUCCCUGACCUGGAGGACUCCGAGCAGCAGUGAAUUAUUGGUCGUAGAUGCAUGAACAGAAGCCCAUGUAGCAUAUCAAGCGUGUAAAACAGUGCCUUUGAAGCUCAGAGAGACCCCGAUGGGGAGAUAUUUGUC